CGAGAGUUACCCGCGAAGAUCGUCGUCCAAUCAGAUCUCGUCAUGGUUCUUCUCGUCUCACCAACAACCUUUCGGUGAGGCAAUGUCGUCUUUCCUUAACAACCGGGUAUUCGACAGACGAUCGAUAUGAUCGUGUCUGAGAUUUACGCGUACUGCGCACCUGUGCUGGCAUUUGUUGUUGGUGUGUCAGGACAGUGCAGCCUAUUUGACCGACCUGAAGAGCUUCAUGCAAAUCCCUACAUGAUGCAGCAUAUAUACUCGCCCAAUUAUCCUCAGAAUUACCUAGAUAAUGUCAACUGCCAAUGGCGAAUACAGGCAGAUUGGGGCUAUGCUGUACGCUUGCGGAUUAUGUAUGUAGAUAUGGAGCAAACCAAAGAAUGUGACUUUGACAGCGUUAAAGUUUAUGAUGGUGCUUCAGAGUCCGAGCCUCUCAUUAAAGAGUUUUGUGAUAAUAGUGUGUCAGUCAUCUACAGCACAGGUCAGUACAUGACAAUAACAUUCACCACAGAUGGUUCCUUCAGCAGGCAAGGCUUCCAUCUUGCCUUUGACUCUCUGCUCCAGUCAGCAGUGCUUACUGCCCGCACAGCCUCAAUUUGGACAACCACCACCAGCAGUUAUGAAACAUGGAAGAGCUCUUUCAACACUGGAGCCUUGAUUGGUGGCAUCUGUGGCUCUAUUGCUCUUAUAGUUCUUUGUGCCAUUUGUCACUGCUACAUUCGGCGUGGCUACCAUCAGGCCACUCGCCAAAAUCAUUCCUCCAAUGCAUCAACAUCCAUGGUUGGUGGCCAGGUGUUGGGCGUUCCCGGCUCCACUAUCUGUCAGAACAACAAUGCAGUGUUCAUGUUGACCUCUUCUGGUCAGAACCCUUUGGGUUCUGCUUAUCCUCUGCCAGCUAACUACGGAGACCAACCACCACCAUACGUUGUUGCUCAACAAAGCUUGUCAAGUGUGAUACAGUCCAAUCCUGUUCCUAGUCCUCUAGCACCAAGUGCUCCACCUCCUUCAUACUAUGAAGCCAUCAUGUUGUCACAUGUGCCUGCAGCACCACAUUUAGAACAACAGUAAAUUCAUCCACUUGUCAUUUUUGCAUAAAUUGUCCAUGUUGCUGAAUCAGCGGAACAUGCAAAUAGCACAGAUACCGUCUAUUUUAAAAACUUAAAAAGGAUUUAUAAAAAUGCUCACAUUAUGAUGCUAUAAUAUUUGUAAUAAUUAUUUAAAAAAGCAUUGUUGACUGCUUUUUAAGCAAAUCAGGUGUAGUUUUUCACACUGCUGUGAACACAUUUUCUAUGGUAGGUGUAAUUCAGAGGAGUGCUUAUAGUUUCAAUAGUCUUGUCAGAAAGAUAGUCUAUUAGGAAGUUUUUUUAAUAGUCUGACGGUAAGCAUUCCAUGACUCCAUAAGCCAGAAUGCAUGUUUGUAUGAAUUAUUCUGUUUAAUCACGAACUUGUAUUACUUGACUGCUGGCAGACAAUUUUUUUCCUGUUAACUGCUAAAACGAGGCAUUAGAUGACAAAACUUCUGGUUUAUUCGCAUUUCAGAUUAACUACUAAAAUGAGGCAUUAGACGAAAAAGUUUCCAGUUUAGUCACAUUCAUUGUUAAAGCUCACCGGGACAAACAUCGGAGAUUUUCGCAAGAGGCUAAGCGUUGGUCUUAGCAGACAGACAGUAAUCAUCCACCUAUACAUGUCCAUGGUUUAAUUUUAGGUCCAAAUUUGUCAGGCACAAAAGAAGCUAUUCUAGAAAAAAUAACGGUGAAAACUUUGUGAUAUGGGAUACUCAGUUUUUGCUGCUGUUGAUGUUGUCAUGAGAUUGCAUAUUGUGUGUGUACUUCUUCUUGUUCCUAAUCACCCUCAGUGGAGCAUAGGGCUGCGAAUUGUGUGUACACUGGGUGAAGUGUAUUUCCUGUAUUAUUCAGGGUAAAUUUUUGCUUGGCAAGUUCAGGUUCAAGGGAAGAUGGACGUUAUUGUAAAUCUCUUGUUAAUGUGUGCAGAAAAGUAUCCACAUUGAGUUUAGAUCCUUGUCAAAGGAUCUAUGAGUGUUUUAGGUUUGUUUUUUUUUUUGGAACUGGAUUCUUUUUUUUAAAAGCCCCAUCUACUCACAAAAAUAAACUUCCUGUGAAGGUUUGGUUUUAUAGUUUGAAAGCCUAAUACAACUUGACGCUUUUAUCAAUUCACAGUAGUGCUGUGUUGGCUGCUGAUUUCACUGAGGAAAAUAAAACGCUCACAUAUCUUUUGAUUAUGAGGAAUAAUGAUGUGUUAUUAAACAUUUGCACUAUUAAAUAUUCUGUCAUUGUACAUGUAUCAGUUGUUAGUAGAUUAAGAAAUUGUUUUUUAAAUUGUUGUUUUACAAUCUACUUUCACAUACAUGAACUGUUUAUGUAGAUUUGUUACUAGAAAACAAUGAGUACACGUUAUGCUAUGGAUAACAUAUUUUUAAACUAAUGGGAAUAAUGUUUUACUUAAAGUUAUACAGAUAUAACUUGUUUGAAAUUGAUGGGAAUCUGAUCAAACAUAUGGAAUGGUUUAUAUAAACACAAUUGACCAAGUGGGAAAAAUCCAACUUUGAGAAUAAUUUAAAAUGUUCAUGAUCAGUUAAUUUAAAUAGAAUUUUCUAAGAUUUGCUUUUUUUCCAGAUUGUAAUUUUAAGAAAAACAAUUAUAGGACAUAUUAAAGAACAUAUAGAUUUGUAUAGAUAUCAGUAUUAUCAUUUACUAAAGGAAUAAUCGGUUUAGAUAUGCAUUUAUCACUUAGUAUAGUUAUUGUGAACUCCUUUUUUUAAUAGAAUAGAGAUUAGUUAAAGGAUUAUUGAUUAAGCAAAUAUGGCUUUCCUUCUGAGUAUGCUUGCGUCUGUGUGUGUGUGUGUAAGUGAGAGAGGAAGAGUUCAGAAUGUGUGCAUUUGGAUGCCAUAGAUCUACCAAAGAAUUGAAAUGGGUGCAGAAAAAUACUUUGUGUGUGUUCAUUAACACUUUUGACUGAAGUGUUAUCUGUUAGAGCAGCACAGUUUUAUGUGCUGAAGACAUGCAUUUUUUUCCUGUUGUUGUGUCAUCUCUGUAAAUUUUAACAGAGGACAGGAAUUUGUAUUAUAAAGAUCUUAAUUUAUGUUAUUCCAGAAAUAUAAGGAUCAUUUUUUGUGGGGCAGCAUGUCCAAGAGAACUGUGUUCAUGUAGUUGAGAAGAAGGAAAUAUUGCCUAUAACAUACUAGAACUUAUUCCAUUUGUUACCACAUUGUCUUUUAUAUCUCACACAGAUUGCUUUUGAAAGGAAUGAAGUUAUUUUGAAGUUAUUGAAGAAUUUGAAGUUAUGAAAGGAAACCAGAUUGUCAGAUUCCUCCCUUCCACACUUCUUAAAAAAAAAAAAAGUGUACCUCAUUUUGUUGCUGAGUGACUUGUCACACUUGCCUUCUCCAUCAGCAUGUAACUGUUCAUUGGUUCAUAACUUUUACCACCUCUCACUAAUCCUAUGACUUGCCUUCUCCAUCAUGUGUUUACUGUUCAUUGGCUCCUAACUUCUGCCCCUACUUUCUCCUACCUCUCACUGAUGCUGUUAAUCAAGAUCAAUGGCUGUGACCUGUCUACAUCAGUUUGCAAGGACUGUGCUGUCAUGAAGGUGCACACGUUCCAGUGGUAUUCAGUCUGCCUUUUGAUUCUGCCACAUUCAUGAUCUGUCUUGAAGAACUAGUUUAUUGUGGCUGAUAUGACUAGGUGGAGAGGUUUAAAAAUUAUGUAUAUUUCUCUUGGAUAUUUUGCCAUAUUCUGUGGUAGUAUCUUACACAGUAUUGUCCGAGUUUAAAGAAUUUGGCAGCCUUAUUUAUUUUGUCUUUAGUUGCUAACCUUUGUGAUUGUAAAUAGGACAUAGAUUGAUGUGGCAAAGUAGUUUUCUGUUUUGCAUCUGUUUAUUAAAGUGAAAAGUGUAAAAUGUGGAUCAUCCCAGGAGAAGAAAAUGUUGAACAUUUUAAACCACCAGCACUUUCAGUCCUAGAGUCUUAUUUUUGCAACAAAACUCUCACCAAGCAAUGAUUAUGCAUUUUAUUGUGCCUUGUGUUGGUCUGUCACAAGCAGGAUCAUAGUUUACAAGGAGAUUAUAAUGUUGAGAGUGUUGAAAUUGGGCUGUGAUAAUACAAAUCAUAGAAGCUUUUUGCUGUAAUCACAUGUUUUGACAAUCAUAUGACACACCUGCCUUAUAUUUAUCACAGUCAUAUACAGUAUAUGUAGAUAUUAAUGGAGAUAAUUCAAGUGACCAUUUAGUAAUCACUAUGUGCAAUCUGUGUAGAACUUUAAGCAUCUAUUUGCUCAGUUGAUUGCAUACAAAAUGGCAAAUUAAUAAUUUGCUUUUAACUUACAAUACUCAAGAUUUUGUCUUUUUGUGAUUUGAUCAUUCAGCACAGGGGGAUCUAAGCUGGACUUUAGAGUGAGGGUCACUGUGGCUCAUUGUUAAUAAAGAAUAUAUAUUUUGGUGGCUUUUAGUCCAUCAACUAUUAUACUACUCAGAGAAAAGUGGAGAAGUUCAGUCUGAUGUUUAAUUGUUGUUGAGGUCAUAUGACAAUAUAGUCAAAGAACCAUUUUAUUUUUUGAUAGUUUCUCAUUUUUAAAGAUUAAAAAAAAGUGUCAUAUGUAAUUCUUUUUUUUAUGUUUUCCGAAAAUGAGUUUAUGUUAAAAAAUAUAUAGCAUUUUUUCUUUGAAAAUAUUUAGCUGAACAUUAAGAAGUAUUAUAGUGAAAAUUAUCCAUACUGGCUAAGUUUAUUCACUUUUUCAGUUCUGGUCAGUCUUCAAAGUCCCAUAUAGAAUAGAUAUUUUGAACCUUCUUAAAUAACUUAUCAGAUCGUUUUAUAAUUCAGAAAGUUGAUAAUAACACAUUUACUGCCUCCAAUCACUGUACUGAUGUUGGCAGCUCUUGUUUCUAAUUCUGUAUACUCUGCUUCACUGCCAUCUGAAUACACAUUGUUGUGAAGGCAGGACAACAAUGUGAUGUAAUGUGGAAGUAAAUAUUUAAUAUUUUUGUUGCAAAAAAUUCUGGAUUUGUACAGCUGUUUUAAAUGGGGAAAAGCAAACCAUGUUAAGUCCACAUGAGUGAAGUUAUUUUUAAUGAAUUGGUUUAGUUUAUUACUAGAUUCUUAUUCCCCAAGUAUGAAAACAUUUUCUAAGCACAUGGGGAAACUAGGAGAAUGCAUUGUCCUGGAUUAGACACAUGGGAUUUCAUCUUCCUUAACAGGGUUGAGACUGAAUGGAAGUGAGUUAUUUUCCCCCAUAUUUGGAAAUUAUCACAGGUACCUCGUAAUAAACUAAACCCAAUCAUCUAGAAAACGGAGUUCACUCUAAUGGGUCUUUAAACAAAUCCACUGUUUAAUAAGAGAGUUGCUGCUGCAUGAUUUUUCACCCAUUGAAAGAAUUCCAUUUUGUUUUGAUGGUGUAUUUUUUGUUAAUGUUCAAAGUGUUAUAUUUAGAAAAGAUAAUAUGUGUGUGUGUGUGCCUGUGAAUGUGCACAUGGGUGUUUAUAUCUAGUUUUUAACUGCAUUCAGGUUAUGAGGAAUUAAAAUGUGCAAUUCUGAUUUUAUAUUACAAGAAUUCUAAUAAUACCUAUAAUGGAAAUAUUUUUAUUGCUUUAGUUUAUGCAUAUUAAAUUGAUAAAGGACACCA